GAAGUGGGGAUGACACAGAUAGCAAGUCCUAGUCAGAGCUGCCGCUACAUUUAGGAGAAACAGCAGUGCCUGCGGCUCCCACCCUCCAAGGGGGUUGGGGGGGGGUGUCAGGGGCAUGGACGCUACCCCCCAGGGGUCUCUGCUGCCGGCUACUCUCCUCUCCACACGCUUCCCUCCAGGAUCCCCGACGCCGCCGAGGCGCCCAGCGAGAGGCGGUGAGCCCGGGCCCCCGCGCGUCUGCAGGCGCCCGCCGCGCUCGCCCUGAGCCGCCGCCGCCGCCAUGGCGCAGGAGAACGCCGCCUUCUCGCCGGGGCCGGAGGAGCCGCCGCGGCGCCGCGGCCGCCAGCGCUACGUGGAGAAGGACGGCCGGUGCAACGUGCAGCAGGGCAACGUGCGCGAGACGUACCGCUACCUGACCGACCUCUUCACCACGCUCGUGGACCUGCAGUGGCGCCUCAGCCUGCUCUUCUUCGUGCUCGCCUACGCGCUCACCUGGCUCUUCUUCGGCGCCAUCUGGUGGCUGAUCGCCUACGGCCGCGGCGACCUGGAGCACCUGGAGGACACGGCGUGGACGCCGUGCGUCAACAACCUCAACGGCUUCGUGGCCGCCUUCCUCUUCUCCAUCGAGACGGAGACCACCAUCGGCUACGGGCACCGCGUCAUCACCGACCAGUGCCCCGAGGGCAUCGUGCUGCUGCUGCUGCAGGCCAUCCUGGGCUCCAUGGUGAACGCCUUCAUGGUGGGCUGCAUGUUCGUCAAGAUCUCGCAGCCCAACAAGCGCGCCGCCACGCUCGUCUUCUCCUCGCACGCCGUGGUGUCGCUGCGCGACGGGCGCCUCUGCCUCAUGUUCCGCGUGGGUGACCUGCGCUCCUCGCACAUCGUCGAGGCCUCCAUCCGCGCCAAGCUCAUCCGCUCGCGCCAGACGCUGGAGGGCGAGUUCAUCCCGCUGCACCAAACCGACCUCAGCGUGGGCUUCGACACCGGCGACGACCGUCUCUUCCUCGUCUCUCCGCUUGUCAUCAGCCACGAGAUCGACGCCGCCAGUCCCUUCUGGGAGGCGUCACGCCGCGCCCUCGAGAGGGAUGACUUCGAGAUCGUCGUCAUCCUUGAGGGCAUGGUGGAAGCUACGGGAAUGACAUGCCAAGCUCGGAGCUCCUACCUGGUGGAUGAGGUGCUGUGGGGCCACCGCUUCACAUCAGUGCUGACCCUGGAGGAUGGCUUCUACGAGGUGGACUAUGCCAGCUUCCACGAGACCUUCGAGGUGCCCACACCCUCCUGCAGUGCCCGGGAGCUGGCUGAGGCCGCGGCCCGCCUUGACGCCCAUCUCUACUGGUCCAUCCCCAGCCGGCUGGAUGAGAAGGUGGAGGAGGAGGGGGCCGGGGAGGGGGCAGGGGGAGGGGCUGGGGCUGACAAAGAGCAGAAUGGCUGCCUGCCACCCCCAGAGAGUGAGUCCAAGGUGUGACCAGUUUCCUCCAGACCCCUGUGGCAGGGCCAGACACAGGCACCUGGGGAGCUGAAUAUUGGAGGUGGAGAAGGAGGCAAGGCCCCUGGGAAUGCACUGAAGCUGGAGAGGCCCCCUCAGAAUCUCGAGUCUCUGAUCCAAUACAGAAAGGAUGGCUCCUGAUUUCAGGAGAAUGGAGGGUGAGGAUGAGUGAACUUACCAGCCUGUCUGUGUUUGACUUCACAUCUGUUCAUGGGUGGAUGGAUAGACAGAAGGAUGGACGUAUGUGGAUGGGAUGGGAAGGUGGAAGCAAAUAGACAGCUGAUGGAUAGGUAAUGGACCAACAGACAGGUGUACACUCAGGGCUGCUGCUAACCCACAGAGCAUCUUUGUGCAAAUUCUAAAAAGUCACCCUUUUCCUCCAGACCGACGCCGCCCCAAACCAGGGUGCAUGGCUUGGGGAGCAGAGUGUGGGCUGGAGUUUAGUCCCCACUCACCUCCUCAGCCAUCCUCCCUGUGUCUGGCACACCUGUCUCACUGGACACAGUAGCCCGAGCAGCCCAGAGGAGAGGAAGGUGGACAGAGGUGGGCAGAGAUGAGGAGGACGCCCUCCCAGCUCCACCCCCACCACUGUGACACACUGAGCAGAGGAUGAAAGGCUGCGGGGGUGGUUCAGCGGGGUGUGAAUGACCUUGUCCACAAGAGCAGGGAAACAGGCAGUGGGGGAGAUGCCCGAGCUGGGGCCCUGGAGCAGGACCUGGGAAAGGAGAACAAGAGAUGGCUAUUUUCUGACAGUGGAGUGAGAUCUCAUAAGUAUCACUGCAGAGGCAGGAGGUGAGAGGGAGGUUUUGAGGAGGAAGAGCCAGGGAGAGAUGGAGAAAAUGAGUUCACUAGAGGUGGGACACAGGGGCCCUUGGGAAAGCAGAACUAGUCUUGGGGCACCAUGAGAGGGAGUCAUUCAAAUCGUUCCUUGGGUGCCCAGUGAGUACAGAGCACUGACCCAGGCACGUGUGGGGUGGACAGUCAGAGACUUGAUUCCUUUCCUCAGAAUACAGUGUGCAUGGAUGAAACAGAGAAAUAUGCCCGUGGCAACUGAACAAGGUAUGGUUGAAACUGAGAACCUGAGCAAUCUCUCGAAGCAGGGGGUGGGAGGGUUUGGUAAUCAGAAAGCUAGGGAUUGAGUAAGCAUAGGGAAUGAUCUGAGCCAGCAGUAAUAAAACUUGAGUGGGCAUCAGAGUCACCUAGAAGACUUGUGAAAACACAGAUUGCUGGGCCCCACUCCCAGAGCUUCUGACUCAGUACGUCUGGGGCGGAGACCAAAACUUUGCAUUUCAGACAAGUUCCCAGGUCCUGCUGAUGCUGCUGGAAUGGGGACCACACUUUGGAACCACUGCUCUGAGCAAAGACAUGGAGGUCAUCUCAGGAGGUGGGGCAUACAAGCUGAGCAGAAGCUAGGGUCCUUGGGGGAGGAGACUGAAAUAUAAAGCGUGGAGUAUUGGGUGAGGAGGAGGGACCCUGAAACCCGGGCUAAAGGGUCUAACUCUGGGCCCAGGGACUCACCCAUCAGUGGAAAUAAGGCAGUGACAAACUGGCGAUAGUGUUUCAGGAAGAUGAGUAGGCAAGACAGAUAGGAUGAAGCAGUCUGGAGGCCUUGAGGGGAUUCCUAGGGAGUUGGUGGGGAGCUGGAACAGGAAAGGCAUCAGUGGCAAGGGAUCAAAUCGCUUGUAGGGCUUAAGAGGCAGGAUUCAAAGUGGGAGACAAUGUGAGAGAGAAGCGAGGAGUCCAGACAUCUGGAUGUGCCUGUGGCCUGCUGUCCGCCUAGCUGGGACAGGAGCCCCUGGAGACACAUAUCCCCAUCCCACGUCCACCCCCUUCCUGGUGUCAUCCCAGUCACGGGGCAGCCCCCGGAUGGUGAGGGGACAGCAGUGGCAAGUUGAG